AUGUUGGAAGGUAUGUACAUAUUCAUUGAGGUCUGCUUCACCAGCCUGGUUGAAAGCAAUUGCUGUUUGGGGUUCCUCUUCCAGGACUGUCUCCAUCACCGGCAAUUCUACUUGGCUGUGUCUGAGGGAGAGGAAAGACCUACUUCAUCAGUCAGGCUAGAUGAAGCCUUCUCCAGAAGUGUCCUCUCAAAGGGCAUUCCACCUCGCUUCCCCAUACGGGCCUAGCUGAAGCCAACUGCCAUUUGGCUUCUCCUCUCCCAAAAUAGCUUCCAUCAGCAGCCAUCCAGCUGGGAUUGUUUAAUAACAGGCUACCAGAAGAAAAGGAGAAGGAAGAGGACACACCAUGCUUCUAAAGCCCCUGACUUCCCCCAAAUAAUCCUAGGUACCUCAGUUUACCCUUCACAAAGCUGCAUUCCCAGAACCUUCUUUGUAUAGUACAGUGGUGCCUCGCAAGACGAAAUUAAUCCGUUCCGCGAGUCUCUUCGUCUAGCGGUUUUUUCGUCUUGCGAAGCAACCCUAUUAGCGGCUUAGCGGAUUAGCGCUAUUAGCGGUUUAGCGGCUAUUAAAGGCUUAGCGGCAGCGUUAGCUGCUAAAAGGCUAUUAGCGGCUUAGCGGCUUAGAAAAAGGGGGAGCGAAAAAAUCUCAAGACUCGCAAGACAUUUUCGUCUUGCGAAGCAAGCCCAUAGGGAAAUUCGUCCUGCGAAGCGCAUCGAAAAACGGAAAACCCUUUUGUCUAGCGGGUUUUCCGUCUUGCGAGGCAUUCGUCUUGCGGGGCACCACUGUAAAAGAGCAAGGCCUAAAAUGGCAAAGUUCUUUCCACCGAGAAGAACUUCGAUUUUAGCAGGCCUGCUGAAUUGCCAGACUGGAAGCAGCAGUUCUAUAUUCCCAAAACGGAAGAGAUCCAGCUAUGCUCCUCAGUUUAUGCCAUGGGCCCACAAGCAGAACCCAUAUUUCAAUCCUUUGCAUUUGCUGUGGAAAGAGACAGGACCUUCUGGUUCUGGGGAAAUACAGGGUCUAAUAACAGCAGCUUAAUUCACGGCUGCUUCUUAUCUACAGAUAUCUAGAUAUCUGGAUGUGAGGUAUAUCUGGACCAGGCUGCUGAGAGCAUGGGACCAUACAUUUAAAAGGACCCGGUGGAUUAAGAGAGGAGAAGGUGUGGGGAAGAGCAGACUCUAGGUUUUGUCAGUGAAUAUCUUAAUCAGACAUUCAGAUGCCGACUUUGCUGGAGGGAACACAGCGAGGCGUUGUCGUCGCUGAAGUUAUCAAUAGUGCCUCAGCUGCCAGCACUGACCCCAAUGCGGCUAAUUGGGCAUUGGGAUCAGAGACGCAGAGCCAGAUGCUCAAUUGCUUUCGUAAAUUAACGGAGCUGGGCACCCACCCCCACCCCCGGGUGCACAGGCCUCUCAGGAUGUGCGGGCUUCUCAGAUGUAGCCAGUGCUCUCAGAGGUGGCACUUGACUUUAAUCCCAGCACACACAAACAAACAGAAAGACAUGGAAGCCUCAGCCUGUAGAGAUAAGGGGGUCUAAACCAGGGGUCAGCAAACUUUUUCUGCAGGGGGCCGGUCCACUGUCCCUCAGACCCUGUGGGAGGGGGGCAGACUAUAUUGUGAGGAAGAAAAAAUGAAUGAAUUCCUAUGCCACACAAAUAACCCAGAGAUGCAUUUUAAAUAAAAGCACACAUUCUACUCAUGUAAAAACACACUGAUUCCCAGACCAUCCGCGGGCCGGAUUUAGAAGGCGAUUGGGCUGGAUCCGGCCCCCGGGCCUUAGUUUGCCUACCCAUGGUCUAAACAUUCCAGUAUAAAAGCAACACAGGCCUUUCGCAGAUGUGAAGCAGAUGCUGGCAACUAGAUUGGUGUGUGUUUUGUGCAAGAGAUGUUUGCCUGAACUUGAGAAGGGUUCAGUCAUGGGCAGGGAGAUCGCCCAUGCAAUGCCCUGAGGUGGGGGUGGGGUGGGCUUUUUAUUUUGCUGCCUGACUGAGGCAAAAGAGCCAAUGCCCACCCCACAAGUCAGGCUAUGGUGGUUAUCUCCUGCCUGCACAGCUGAAGGCAGUGAUGUUUCUGAAUCUCCGUUGCUGGAAACCACAGGGGGAGGAAAGAGGGCUCUUGUGGUCCUUUCUGAGAGUUCCCCCCAGGGAUCUGUUUGGCUUCUGUGAGUACAGGAUGCUGGACUAGAUGGGCCAUUGGCCUGAUCCAGCAGCCUCGUCCUUUGUUCUCAUGAUGUGUAUAGCACCUAAGGUUGGCUAAGUUGUUAUCGAUGCCCAAGGCAGACAACCCUGCAAAUGUACUGUAUUUACUUGGCAGCAGGGAUGGGGGAGAAAUUUGAUUCGGUUAACAUUUGAAGGGGAACCUACGUAACCGGCUCUUUCUGAAAUGAUACAGGAUUUGUUAAGUUGUGGGUUGACAUAGCAGACGACACAGCAAUUUCUCCAAAGCAGCUCUUUAUUUGUAAUUUGGAACAGAACUGAACUGAAGGCCUCAGUCAGCCUGCUUAUAGAGCUCCAGUACCUUGUUACUGUAACAACUUUCUAAAACUAUCCAAUCACUGAAAGUCACUAUUGAUUCUUCAUUUUCAUACAAACUAUCCAAUCACUGAACAUCACUUUCGAUCCUUCAUUUGCAUAACUAUCUACAGUAUCCCCCUGCUGGUCCAGGGUGAGAACUUCAGUACAUAACAGGAUUCAAAAUGCCAUCCUUUGAAAACUGUGCUUGUAACUCAGUUCUCCAACCAAGUAAUAUGUACAAAAAAGAGAGAGGGUAAGGUGCGCUUAGAAAUCAAUAUAUUAGGCAAAAUUUCACACAAACACAUUUCUAUUAGGAGCAGUAGGCAGGUCGGAGCCAAAGAACAGUUGAGAGGCGGGAGUCCGGGUAGUAUAAGGAAACAGGGUAAUGCUGAUAAGUUUUAAAGAGAACUUUAACGAAAUGCGAACUUGAUGCGCAGAACUGAAUUUAAGACUGGGAAAAUGAGUAAACAGAAAUGGACAAAUUCACCCAUCCCUGCUUGGCAGCAAAAAUGCAGUGGAUUGUAUUCAACAUCAGUCAUCGAACAGGCCCAUUGAAAUUAAUGGCCACAGCUAAUUUAGGCCCAAUCAUUUCAACACAUCUAGAAUUCAGCUGGAUACAAUCCAGUAAGAAUAAAUUAAAUAAGUAACAAUUUGCUACCCUUUCAUAACACCAAAGAUUCAGCCGCCUCACUCUGUCCUAUGGUUGGGCUGGCCACGCCUGCAAUUCAUCUGGAGGACUAUCCGCACUGUUUUUACACAAGUUACAUAAGGGUAGGAGGUGGACAGAACACAGAGAGCAAGUCUAAGACCAUAUUUAUUGGGGUGGGAAGAAAUGCUGUUGAAUUCAGUGAAACUUCUGCAUGAACAACUUUAGGGUAGGGAUUUUCUGCAAACUCUGUUGGGGAGACGCAACAGGCCUUACCUGGCUGGCAUCUAAAUUUGUUGCCACUUUCCAGGGCAAGAGAAAAACAUUUUUAUUCAUCAAGGCAUUUUAAUUCAGCGUAUGUGUGUGCUUUAUUGCUGCUGCUUUGCACAUUUGUUUGAACUUACUUUUUGUUAACCUAACAUUGAUUUUUAUCCAGGCGGUUUUUAUUUCCUGCUCUGCUUGUUUAUAGAUUUGGCAGGUUGUUGUUUUUUUUUAAGUGCAUGUGAUUUGAUUUUGUGGCAUUUAUAAUUCCAUCCCCCUCCCCAUAAGCCGCGUGGAACAUGCUCGAAGGACGUAGGGUAUUCAUUUAUCAACCAAAAAAGAAAGAAAAGAACAAAACAGACUGAAAUCUUGUGCUCAGUUACCAGAGAGUAAGUCUUCUUGAGUUUAACAGGACUUACUUCUGAGUAGAGAUGUCUAGGAUUGUCCUAGAAAUAUUUUUAGGUGAGAUGCAUUUACACACACAGCCAAUUGAGGUUGCACAAUGAAAGCUAAUUCGGCACUCUUUGACAACAAAAACCCCCCAAACUGCAUUGAGUUAAGGGUGCUGAGAGAGGUUAGGAGACGCCAAUUCUCCUCACAGAGCUACUGUUCAUGGAGUGGCUCACAGUGAAUCCCUGUUCACAGGGAAAUCUGUGAACUGUAGCUGGGGGGGGGGUGUUGUGGGGUGACUCCUGACAACCCUCAGCACCCUUCACAAACUCCUGCUCCCAGAAUUCUUUGUGGAAGAGGCUGUGACUGUUUAAAGUGGUAUCACAGUUCUUUAAAUGUUAGGAGCUCAUGUGGCCUGAGUCUUUUCCCCUUUAAAUAUCCCUGUCUGCUCCUUCCCCUCUAGCUCAGAUCAGUUGUAGGUUCGGGAAAGCAAUCUUUAUAGCCUUUGUGGAGGGUUUCCUUUAUCCUGUUUCAAAGAUGAAGGGGGCAAUGUUAUUGUUUGGCAUAAACCUUCUGCUAUAUGGCGGAUCUGCUUCUCUGCUGGUACUAGGUGAGUGACUCAGGCUACAACCAUACUUAAAGGUAAAGGGACCCCUGACCAUUAGGUCCAGUCGUGGCCGACUCUGGGGUUGACUAAGCCGCUUCUGGAGAACCAGAGCAGCGCACGGAAAUGCCAUUUACCUUCCCGCCGGAGCUGUACCUAUUUAUCUACUUGCACUUUGACAUGCUUUUGAACUGCUAGGUUGGCAGGAGCAACCUUCAGGUAUACUGGGCCGUUUAGGGCUUUAACCUUGAAAUGAAACCACGGGAGAUGAAUUCUGGAAAGCAGGAGGAGCUUAUGCUCAUUGGACGAAGGAUGCUGGGAUUCUGUCCCUCUGGGAAUUUGGGGUGGGGGGGGCAUAAGGAGGCAAUACAGUCAGCUGAGAGCAGCGUAAUAUAGAAGCUAUAACUUCCAAGCACCGUGUCCUUCUUUUCCUCAAUUGCUUUCCCAUCUGCCUGUAUUUGUUCCCUUUCCCUCCCUCCUCCUUUACUCAUUAGAUUACCCUGUUUCCUUAUACUACCCGGACUCCCGCCUCUCAACCGUUCUUUGGCUCCGACCUGCCUACUGCCUGUAUGAACAGUGGACCAGAGAGGACUUGGAUCCUAGCCAGGCCUCCCGGGAGACAGCUACCAUAGAGGUGGAAGUGAAACCAGAAGGUAAUGGAAGUGGUGAGCAGGUAGAAUAAAGCAAAAAGUUGCUCAAGAGUUUUGUUGAUAAGUUGGCACUUCAAAAAAUUCUCCUUCCAGUGGUGUUUUGGAAAGCGCAACAUCCCUGACUUGUACAGAAACUGUGGUGCUCCAUUCCAUAUAAUCCUGAAAGUAAUUAGUCCUUUGUUUGCCUCUCUCUAUCAUUUCCACCUUCUCUAGGAAGAAGCUGGAGGGAAGGUUGGAUCAGUAAACAUUGAGAACAUGGACUAAUACUUGGGGAGAUGGGGGUUGAGAUCCCCACUCCAUGAAGCUCACUGGCUCAACCUGAUCUACCUUAUAGGGUUAUUGUAGGGGGGGGAGGGAAAUGGGUAUAUUAUCUCUUUCCAAAUGUACAUAAUAAAACCACCUGUUUGGAGAGGCAUGCCAUAUUGCUGCUGGGGCUGGCCCUACUGUUGGGCAGUUGGCAGAUGCUACACUGUAUAUCAACAUCUAUCACUAAGUAAUUUGAAUCUCCCGCCUCUCCUGGGUUCUUUAAGAGAUAAUAGAUCAGAUUGUUCUUUUUCCUUCCAGGACACAACCACACUUAUAAGAUUGGUAGGAAGUUCCCUAUACCCUAUUGUGGCCCAAUGACAGAGGAGCCUUUGAUCACAAAAGACCUUGCUUAUGAGGUGGGUCCCACCUUAGUUUGCCUCCAUGAAAACUGCACGAAAGCAGUCCUUCCUGGGCGAGGGUACAGGUGAGAAGUUUAUUUGGUCUCAUUGGGUAAAUAUCUUAUUUACAGAGGAAUGGUGUCAUCUGGGUCUCGGUUGCAUGCCUUGCCCUCUAUGAAUUUGUCUAAUCCUAGUUGGCGGCCAUCACUACUUCCUGAGGGAGCGAGGGAAAGAAUGCGCAAUAAACAAUGCCUGUUGUAUAACCUCCCUACAAACUUUGUGCAAACAAAUCAGGACGAAUGCCUAAUAAACAGGUCAUCUGGAAGCAACCAAUAUCUAUCCUGCUCAGAGUUCCUCAGGAGAAUAAUAAUAAUAAUAAUAAUAAUAAUAAUAAUAAUAUAUUGUUUAUACCCCACCCAUCUGGCUGGGUUUCCCCAGCCACUCUGGGCAGCUUCCAACAGAAUAUUAAAAUACAAUAGUCUAUUAAACAUUAAAAGCUUCCCUAAACAGGGCUGCCUUCAGAUGUCUUCUAAAAGUCUGGUAGUUGUCUUUCUCUUUGACAUCUGGUGGGAGCGUGUUUCCGGGUGCCACUACCGAGAAGGCCCUCUGCCUGGUUCCCUGUUACUUGGCUUCUCGCAGGGAGGGAACUGCUAGAAGGCCCUUGGCGCUGGACCUCAGUGUCCGGGCUGAACGAUGGAGGUGGAGAUGCUCCUUCAGGUAUACUGGGCUGAGGACGUUUAGGGCUUUAAAGGUCAGCACCAAUACCAAGAGAAGGAUAAUAAUCUGAAAAACCUCUGGGGGAAAAGUGGGCUUUAUGUGUGUGUCCCAUAAAGCAUUAACCACGUCAUGCCCAAAUCUGUUUUUCUUGCCCUUCCCACUUUGGACAGUGCCCGGUACCUUCUCUACAAUCAAAUCCAGACCCUCCUUGCUGCAACCAACUGGUCCCGGCCUUUCCACACACGAGGUGACAUGCGGGGCAGAGGGGUGGUGGUGGUACAAGGGGAACUACAGCUUUCAGGCAUCUUGGUAGUCCAGGUCCAAGAUUUAUAGAGGGGUUUUUUUUGGGGAGGGGGAGGGGGAUAGAGGACUGGAGAGAGGCUUAUUUCCUAGAAGAACGGUGGUGAAACCUGUGAUCCUCCAGAGAUACUGCUGCACUACAUUUCCCAUCAUCCCUGACCAUUGGCUGUGUUAGCUGGGGAUGAUGGGAGUUGGAGUCCUGCAUUGUCUGGAGGUCCACAGGUCCCCCACCCCUUCUUUAGAGUGAGACCAACUUCCUACAUUUGUCCUCCAACAGGCGUUUGAGAAACGGUGCGGUGUAACGGUUAGAAGGCUGGACUUAAGAAUCCUGGGUUCAAAUCCCAGUUAGCCGUAGAGGAGACUGCGUGACCUGCUUGGGCUAGCUACUCUUGGCUGCCGGCUUGUUGUUAGGAUAAAAUGCAGGGAGAGGGGAACCCAGAGUUCUUUGGGGAAGAGAAAGUGUGAAGCAAUUUAAGGAAGCUCUUCUCUUUGAGUGCCUGUUGAGCAACACCUUGUUUCCAAAAUAUACUAAAAGCACAUGAUUUUGGCUUUAGGUGCAAUCCCCAGAACAUGACCCCUGUGCGUAUUACGGGCUAACUACAUAUACUAAAUGUGUCUCGUCUCUUUUCCCUUUCCUUCCACGGUAGGUCUACCUAUCAGUUUCCGUUCCAUGGAUGUUGCAUUCGGAGGCCUCUCAGGAGGACUGGUGGCUGUCAUAGUCCUGCUAAGCAUCACUGUGUUCCUACUUUUGGGGGCUGCUUGGUUAAUCGUGGCUGGGUGGCAGCAGUGA